CAUUUUUUUUUGAACCAAACGACGGAACUCUUUUGGGUCUUGCCCAGCCCAACGCAGAAUGCAUUUUAUCUCCAACUGGCUUCUCCUUUAGGAAUCCAUCAUUCAUCAAUGGCAAACAACGAAGAAGAAGAGAGAACUCUGGAGGAGCAGUUGGAGCUUCAGCUACAAGAACAGAACGACUCUCUCCGCGACCUCACCGAAGCCCUCUCUUCCGAUCCUUCCAAUAUCGAACUCCUAUCGGUUCAAGAAGAGAUUAUACAGUCUAUCAAAGAAGUGGAGGAAGCGCUACUUCACCUGAAACGCGCAAGAUUACUAAGAGAAGUUGAUAAUGCUAUACAAGGGUCCAAACAUUUUUCUAAGGAUGCCGAGGUUGAGCCUCUUGAUUCAAAAGUUGUUGAAGUACAUCCCUUUCUGGAUCAAAAUUAUUCAGAUGUUGAAGCAGAACCACAUGCACUUGUGGAUCCAAAUUAUUCCGUUGGAUCAAAAUGUAGGUUCCGCUCUACUGAUGGACGAUGGUAUAAUGGAUUGAUUUUGCAGCUGGAGGGUUCUAAUUCUGCACUGGUUUCAUUCCUGACUCCCACAUCUGAAAGCAUGCUGAUGUGCAAGUUCUUUCUAAAGCAGCGUUGUCGGUUUGGUAGUAGUUGCCGCUUAUCGCAUGGUAUUCAUGUCCCAAUAUCUUCCCUAAAGAAGUUUGUCCCUACUGUAUGGGGUCCAUCAAUGGUAGGGUCCAGUAUUUGGGCUCUGGCAGAUAGCAAGGUUGGCCUUUGGAGAGAAGCUGAACUGGAAUCUUGGGACGAGAAUCUCAAACUGGGGCAUGUCGUAUUCCGGGAUAAUGGAAGCUUUGUAAAACUUGGGGUGGAGUCUAUUUCUCUUUCUGAGUAUGCAGAGGUGAGUGAUGAAGAGGAGAGUUGUGCAGGUUCUGAGCAGUGUGAUUCUAGUGACUAUGAGGAGGAGGAUAGUCCACAAGGAUUGGGAUUUGUAGGAAGUACAAACCUGCAAAGUGGUGUCCAGACAGAGACUACACUUUUUGCUAAGUGGGAGAAUCACACCCGAGGCAUAGCUUCCAAGAUGAUGGCAAAUAUGGGGUACCAUGAAGGAAUGGGGUUAGGUGCUACUGGACAGGGGAUGUUGGAUCCUAUUUCUGUAAGAGUUCUACCAUCAAAACAAUCUCUUGACCAUGCUGUUGAAGGUCAGAAAAAUGAAGAAGCAAAAGAGCAUCAUGGAAAGAAACGGAGUAGGGGAGGAAAGAGGAAACGCGAGAAAAGGUUUGCAGAAGCAGCACGGGCUGCAAAAGAGGAAGAGGAAUCAAAACCAGAUGUGUUCACUCUUAUUAAUUCCCAGCUUGCAGUUCAUGCUGAAAGUUUAAAUGGGAGGUGGUCUUCUUCGAAGAAGCAUGAGAAUAGAGGAAACGGAGGAGGAGAGGCAAAGAAAGAAGGAGGUAGGCGGGGUCUACUUGCUUAUGAAGAUGAGAUAAAAGAGUUGAGGAUGCGUGUGGAGAAACUGGAAGAGAUGGCGAAUAGGAACAGGAGAGAGAAAGUAGUUUUUGAAGCAGCUAUGAGGAAACUGAAUGAGACUCGGAAAGCUCUGGGUGAUGCUGAAGCUGCUCAUGCAUCUGCUUCGAGCCAAGUUGUGAAUAAGGAAAAGGAGAAGAGAUGGCUCAAGUUUUGAAAGAAUUGCUUGCUUUGCUUGCAUGUGUGGUGCGGCUUAUUUUGAUAUGGUAUAUGCAAGUGUAACUGUGUAAGCAAAGCCAGCCACGGCGAAUUAGUUAGUAGGUUUAAGAUUAAGUUUGAUAGUUCACAUUAUUAUUGUUAUUGUUGGUGAGAAUUGAAUUUGAUGGAUAGGAUAGG